AAAGCAAAUCCAAUAAAAAAUGGCCACGUCAGCUAAAUUAAAUUCUCCUUUUUCACUCUCUCGACUGUUCUCUAAUCAGUAAGCAAGGAUGAGUUCCUCGCCACAACGUUCUCGCGCCGGCGAGGGCAACGGCAACGGCGAGAACAGACCGAGAUCCUUCGACGCAAAAACAAAGAGUAUCUGUUGGUCGAAGGCUGAUAUUGUGCCCGACCGUCAUCCAGAGAGGUGGCGCAAAGACGCUGCCGGUAACAUUGUUUGCAAGCGUUUCUUCAACUGCCUAGGCUGCCUCUGCUAUGAGUACGAUCACAUCGUUCCUUUUUCCAAAGGUGGUGAAUCCACGGCAGAUAAUUGUCAAAUACUUCAAUCAAGAGUGAACAGAUUAAAAUCAGACAAAUAUCAGAUUGAUUCCGAUCGAUUGAAAGGUUACUCUUGUGAUAUUAAUUUUACUGCAGAUAAGGAGCUUGAUAUAAUUGAGAUGGCUGUUUAUGGCGAUGUGAUCCGGCCAGGAAACCAGUGUCGUUGCAGAACUAUUGCUGAAAAGCUUGGAAAUUACAAGUCAAAAGACAACGCAGAUGCGUGCCAGUUGCCAUAGGAGGAUGAAUCUUAGCUGUAGCAAACAACUUUACUAGAUAUGAAUAUUUUUUAUUUAUUUUGGCUUAUGAGGUUUUCUCACACCCUUCUGUUGUGAGACUAAUCCCAGUUAAGGAAAUUGAGGUUUUCUAUCCCUACAAAUGCUUUCUGUAGGUUCAAACUUCUGAUACUGUAGGGAGUGGGGACUUCAACUGUUAAGCUUAAGUUUACUUACUACUUGAGCUACCUCUCGUAUGUUCGAGUAAUGAUAUUUGAAUUCUUUUUGCAUGUUUA